AUGAUGAUGAUGAAGAGCCAAGCAGCUCUCCUCGGCCUCGCCACCUUGGCCAUCCUCUUCUUCUCAGGUGCACAUGCAGCUAAAAUCACUUUCAAAAACAAAUGUUCCUACACUGUCUGGCCAGGAACCCUAACCGGUGACCAAAAACCUCAAUUAUCACUCACCGGGUUCAAGUUAGCAACCGGAAUUAGCCGCUCUGUGGAUGCUCCGUCCCCAUGGUCUGGUCGCUUCUUUGGCCGAACCAGGUGCUCCACGGACGCCUCAGGAAAGUUCACUUGUGCCACAGCAGAUUGUGGUUCUGGCCAAGUCUCAUGCAAUGGUAACGGCGCAGCUCCGCCAGCUACAUUAGUAGAAAUCACUAUUGCGGAGAACGGGGGUCAAGAUUUCUACGACGUUAGUCUUGUUGACGGCUUCAACUUGCCCAUGGCCGUGGCUCCACAAGGCGGCACCGGCAAGUGUAAGGCCUCAACUUGCCCUGCCAAUGUUAACAAGGUGUGCCCGGCUCAGUUACAAGUGAAGGGAUCUGAUGGAAGCGUAAUUGCGUGCAAGAGCGCUUGCUUAGCAUUCAACGAGCCAAAAUACUGUUGCACUCCACCUAACGACAAGCCGGCGACAUGCCCUCCCACUGACUACUCUAAGAUCUUCAAGACCCAGUGCCCUCAAGCUUAUAGCUAUGCUUAUGAUGACAAGAGCAGCACCUUUACAUGCAGUGGUAGACCUGACUACCUCAUCACAUUCUGCCCAUCAUAA